ACACAGUAGAGAGGAACUCAUUUGCUUAGAUUUGCUUUAAUUACCUUUUACGUACAUAAUACAUUUUCCUUUUUUGGAGAAAGAGAGAAGAGAGGACACGAAUCCUUUGGGGCCAUUGCUGACUUCGCUGGUUCAAGAGAUCCUUAUCAACGACGAUGGCUUCGAUUCCUCUUUUUUCUCAACACUUCACAGUCUGCGCCGCUCUCCGUCCGCCGUCAGCCGCCGACAGCAGUCAACUCCAUGGAUUUCACUUCAUAAAUGGUCUUACUGACCAUAGCUUUCCUCUGAUAGUUGGAAAAUGGCUGUGUUCUCUCGAUGCAAUGGAAUGGAGAUGAUUGAGUAGAAUUUAGACAUGAACCCAAAAACCCAAAUGAGAAAAAUAAUAUAAAAUUCCAAGUGGAAUAAUGAAGUUGAAAAGUUGAUUGCAUUAGCAUCCACGUCGUAUCGCGUUAAAGGUACCGUCUUUUCCAGAGAAAGUGGUAUUUAUAAUUAGCGAGACGUGACCAAACUUCUCUGUCCACAUUUCUUGUAACUUGCGACUAACCCACAAGAAGAUAGCAACUCGAUUUCUGGUUACCCAUUUCCCCCUUUCCAAUUUUUGAUGAGAUUUCAGAGUCAUGGGGAGGUUGUUCGUUGUGAACCUUGAAGGAAGGAUCUAUAGCUGCAAACACUGCCGAACCCAUCUUGCACUUUAUGAGGACAUCGUUUCCAAGUCUUUCCAAAGCAGACAUGGAAAAGCUUACCUCUUCAAUAAAGUAGUGAAUGUUUCUGUUGGAGUGAAAGAAACGAGAAUGAUGAUGACGGGAAUGCAUACUGUUGCUGAUAUCUUUUGUGUUGGAUGUGGAUCAAUUGUGGGAUGGACAUAUGAAACUGCCUUUGAGAAAAAUCAGAAGUACAAAGAAGGGAAAUCGGUACUGGAGAGGUUCAAGGUUUCAGGGCCUGGUGGAACCAGUUAUUGGGUUAGUCAUACUCAUAGUCACGAAACAGCCCAUGGUGGAGGAAGUGAUGCAGAUGAAGCUUGAUGAUGAUGAUAUUAUUAUUCCAACUGUAUAUACUACACACCCAAUGUUCAUAUUCUUCAUCUGUCAUUCCUCAUUUCAGCAAGCAAGCGGCUUACUUGCUUGCUAUUUGUAACAGAACUCAAAACAUUUCACUGUCAUUCUUCUUUAACUUGAUAUUCAAUAUCACUUUGCGAUACCAUGAUA